AUGCCUGAGACAAAUCUCGAGCGUACCUUAUCCUCCACAUCUGGUGAAAAAUUCUCUAUGCGAGAAAAUGUCUCGGAAGAACAAUGCGAUGAAGGUGCCAAUGCCAGUGCCAACACCAACCCUUACGGACAUGGAGACGGAAAUUUCUUGACAGCUUACUUUAACGUUGUCUGUGUCGUUGCCGGUACUGGUACUCUCGGUCUUCCAAAGGCAUUUGCCAUUGGUGGCUGGCUAGGUAUCCUCAUUCUUGGUCUAGCCUACUUCAUGGCUGUCUACAGUGGUAUCAUUCUCAUCCGCUGUCUAUACGCAAAACCCGGACAACGUCUCCAUGACUACAAGGCCAUCGGUACUGCUGCCUUUGGCUGGCCGGGUUACAUUAUCGCCUCUUCUCUCCAUUUACUCAAUCUUUUCGGUUGCCCUGCUCUCUAUCUUGUACUUGCUGGUGGUAACAUGCACGAAUUGCUUCAAAACACUGCUGGUGCUUUGACAGAUGUCUACUGGAAGAUUAUCAUUGGUGUAUUCUUGUUGAUUCCAUCCUUACUCUUGAAGACUCUCCGUGAAAUUACUGUACUUGCAGCUGUUGGUGCAAUCUGUACCAUGAUGGCCGUAUUCAUUGUCCUCAUCCAGGGCCCCAUGGAUCACAAUGCCCACCCCAACCCAGUUGCCUAUGCUACUGAUGGUGUCAUCUGGACCGGUUUCCCUUCUGCAUUGGCCACAAUUGCCUUCUCGUUCGGUGGUAACAACACCUAUCCUCACGUCGAACAUGCCCUGGCCAAGCCUAGACAAUGGAACUGGGCAGUUGCAGCUGGACUCUCGACCUGCAUUGCUCUUUAUUUCUUGACUGCUGUUCCCGGCUACCACUCAUAUGGUCGCUCGACCCAGUCUCCUAUCUACAACUCUCUUCCCCACGGCCCUGGCCGCACCAUCGCCAUGAUCGUCAUGACCAUCCACGUUAUCCUUGCCAUCCCAAUCUACACCACCUCCUUCUCUCUCGAAUUCGAAAAGUUCGUCAAGUGCGACGAAGAAAGAAUCGGUAAAGUCGGUGCCUGGUUCGGCCGUGCCAUCAUCCGUUCCGUCACCAUGGCUAUUCUUGUUGUCCUUGCUAUCUUUGUACCUUACUUUGAUGACUUUAUGGGUCUCAUUGGUGCCCUUGCCACCUGCGGUCUUGUCUUCCUUUUGCCUGUCCUCUGUUAUCUCCGUCUGACUGGUAUCCGCAACAAGCCCUGGUACGAACUUGCCUUUUGUGCCCUGACCAUCUUCUUGGGUAUCAUUGGUUGUGUCUUUGGUACAAUUGAUUCCAUCAAGUCUUUGAUCAGAGAUUUCCAGAACGACGCUUAAUUACCAUUAUUACUAUCAUUAUUUAUUUAUUUAUUUUAUUUAUUUUU